AUGAGAACAUUGAAGAAGAAGAUUGAAGCCGCGAAGACCGCAUCGUCAGGUCCAAAUAGUUCACCAUCGCCAACUGGCGAGCUCCAACAAGGUGGGAUCUCAAAAAUAGCUCGCGCACGACUCCAAAAGGAUUUCGCCGAGUACGAAGCGAUACCCGGGUGCAUCUUUGAGCAAAUUGAUGCCAACGACUACACAAAGUACAAAUUGAUUUUAUCACCGCUCGAGGGGUAUUACGAGGGUGGAAAGUGGUCCUUCCUCUUUGAAUGUCCGCGCGAUUACCCAAACAACCCACCUAAAGUUUCUUGCAUCACACAAAUAUACCACCCAAAUAUCGACUUGGAUGGACACGUCUGUCUUUCAACACUCAGAGUCGACAAGGACUGGUCCCCAGUUAGCACAUUGAGUCACGUCGUCGCUGGAAUUCUCUCACUUUUCCUCGAACCGAACCCCGAAGACCCACUUAAUAUUGAGGCAGGUGAAUUGAUGAAGAAAGAUCUCAACGAGUUUGUCAGGACUGUAACAGAACAAGAAA